UGUUUCCCCACUCAUUUUCUCCUUGCAGGAGCCAGAAAAGAAAAGAAAUCACAAGAACAAAAGAGAGGACUAAGUAUCUUCCACUGAAUCAUUUUGCUCUGUUGCAAAGUUUAUGAAGAAAGUCUGAUGGACUUAACUUUAGGGUUUUUUAGAAACCUAAGACUGCACAUAUGAAACUGCAUACUUCUUUUUAACUUUCUGCUAAGUAUUGCCACUCAGUUGCAACACAGAACUCUUGUCAAAGCAAGUCUAUGCCACUGCCCUGUCCUCACAGAAGUUGUCAGGGCUGUGUCUUUACGGUACCUCUAUUAAACCAGAGAGCAGCACCAUCGUUCCGGUUCAUCUACAGUGGGAAGCACAGAGUCUUCCCCAGAGCGCUGCACCCAUGUGCUUGUUUAUUGGUAGCAGGCCCAGGCUCUGGGUUGCUGAUUAUACAGUAAGCACCUGCCCAUGGCUCAGGGCAGACUUCCUGUUACAGCUCCGCAACUCUGCAAUGAGAUUUAUGCAAACUGGCUAAAAGCUGUGAUGUCACAGCCCCUGAUAGACCCACAGGAUAUCUCCCUUCUACAGACAUUUGAUAAAAUCAGGAACUUCAUAUACAGCUCAGGAAGAAGUUCACCUCAGAAACUAUUAGGGCAAAGAAUAAGAACUUGUUAGGGUCUUUCUCCUAUCCCGAGAUCCAUCACAGCAAAGGGACUUCACGGAGUCCGAGGAUCUCACUUUUUUCCUUUUUUUUUGCUUUUUCUUUUUUGUUUGUUUCAUGUGAUUUUUUCAAGUCAGUUUUUCUGGAUGUUUGAAAACUGAAUUAAGAAAAAUUCACUCCGAAGUUGGCUGAAUGUUGCAAGCUUGCAAAAUGGAAGGAUUUCCCCUCAUUCCCCCUCCCUCUGAAGAUAUGGUACCCUAUGAGUCAGACCUCUACAGACAGCCCCAUGACUAUUACCAAUAUCUCAACAGUGAUGGAGACAGUCACAGUGGUCUACUCAAUACCACUAUGGACUUCAAAGAAAGGCUACCAGAUCAUUACUGGGAAUACCAUCCACACCACAUGCACAGUGAGUUUGAGACCUUUGGAGACAAUCACUUCACGGAACUGCAGAGUGUACAGCCUCCCCAGCUGCAGCAGCUGUACAGGCACAUGGAGAUCGAACAAAUGCAUGUCUUGGAUUCUACAAUCCCAACCACGCACAUCGGACUCAACCACCAGGUGUCCUAUUUGCCUCGGAUGUGCCUACAGUACUCCUCUCCACCGCAGCCCAGUUCUGAUGAGGACGACAUAGAGAGGCAGAGCCCCCCACUGGAAGUAUCAGAUGGGGAGACUGAUGGUGUGGACCCUGGGCCUGGAAUUAUGCAUGGAGAAACAGGCAGCAAGAAGAAGAUACGUCUCUAUCAGUUCCUUCUGGACCUUCUUCGCAGUGGAGAUAUGAAGGACAGCAUCUGGUGGGUGGACAAGGAAAAAGGUACUUUCCAGUUCUCCUCCAAACACAAAGAAGCAUUGGCACAUCGCUGGGGCAUCCAGAAAGGCAACCGCAAGAAAAUGACCUACCAGAAGAUGGCACGGGCUUUGAGAAACUACGGCAAGACAGGGGAGGUGAAGAAGGUCAAGAAGAAGCUGACCUACCAGUUUAGUGGAGAGGUGAUGGGAAGGGGAGUCACUGAUAGGAAGCAUUAUCCUCACUGAGGCCACGGGACCCUAAGCAAGAAACAUAUUAAUACCUCCUGGCUGGAUACCAGCAGAGGAGAUGGACGCAUCUUUCUCUUUGCUUCCUGUGCCCCCUUCUCUGCCUUUAAACAGCCUUUACCGUCAGAUGUUUCUGGUACGAAUUCCCUUCUUCAGCAUCUGAGAAUCCUAAACAUGACAGAAUUCUUUGCUUCCAUCCUACAAGUUGGACAGAGUUGGGAAAUUUAAACCAUGUACAAAUAUAUUAUUAUCAGGAAAUUGGUUUUGUUGUUUGAUUGUAUUGUAACUAAGAAUACAGCUGAUGAAGUUUUGCCUUCAAAGGUGGUGCUGUGUCAUUCACAGUGACACUGCAUUAGCUUACAGCUUUCAAACUAGCAUUAAUACAGGCUCUGCCGCAGCUCUCAAAGCUAGAGAGAAGUUUGCAGAUCUUGGAAUGAUACUUGUUCUUUUAAAUAGUAAUAACAUGUACAUAUUUAAUAAAAUUUGAUAUAAUGAAGUUGUUGUGUUUGCAUAAUAAAUGAUUGCUUCACAAACAGA